GUGUGUGUGUGUGUGGUCCACUGGCUCUUCCCCCACUAAGCUCCACACACCACAGACCACAGUCAACCAGCAGAUGAACAGCAGCCUCCAUCUGCACGGCUUCACAAACCAUUUACAGGAGGGAAAGAUGAAGCUGUUGGUCUGGCUUAGUGCUCUCCUCUGCCUCUUUGCCUGUCAUCUCUGUGAAGCCAGAGUCAUCCCUGAAGGAGUUCCAUAUGAUGAGGCACCAGCUGUUCCCUACUGGCCCUACUCCACCUCUGACUUCUGGAACUACAUUGAAUACUUCCGAUCCAUCGGCGCCUACAACCACAUCAACGAGAUGGCCCGGGCCUUCUUCGCCCACCAGCACCUCGGAGACACCUUGGGAUAUGAGACCAAUGAGGGACAUGAACACUGAAAGGGAGCUAGGAGGAGGAGGAGGAGAUGUUGCGAUAUCCCAAGGAAAUAAAAAUUAAAGAUGAGGAAAUAAGAAAAUGAAUACAGAGUAAUACGUUUUUCUCUUCCCAAGUAUAUCAGUUUGUAGCAUAGCCAUUCAUAUAGAAUGCAAAUGUAGAGUUUGUAGCUCUUUGUAGCGUUGUAUACUAUCUUAAUAUAAUAAACAUUUUCCAAAUAUUGAAUGAUGU